UAAUGCACGUAUUUUGCAGUUUUAUGUUGCAUGGAGAAUUGUAACUUCAACUAGGCUACAACUGAAACGGAGUUAGAAAGAACAGACGGCCUGUUUGAUAUUGGUUUUUGACGAGAUAUUGGAAGAUUUCCUGGACCAAAGAAUUUUAGAAGCUUGACUGUCAGCCGAGAUUCAAUUUGUGUUUAAUACUUGGUAGAAGACAUGGCCAGUGAAAGCUUCAUCGGUAACUACCUGUCCCUAGACUGCGGGCCAGCCCUAGGGACAUUCCAAGGUGAAGUGUCUUCUGUGUGCAAAACAGGACAAACGAUCUCUCUCAGAAAUGCCUUCAGGAAUGGUGUCAAGUAUGGUGUCCCUGAAGUAACAAUGAGAGCUUCAGACAUCAAAGACCUGAAAAUCCUGAAAACCAGUGCAGAUUUGAAGGCGGAGGCGGAAAAGAACAGAGCGAUUAUCAAAGCUGUCAACAGUAAAGGAAAGUCAGAGGCAGUGAAUGGAGAUGCCGUCUCUAACAAAGAAACUUCCAACAACAAGGUAAAUGGGGAGCUGAGUAAAAGCAGCCUAACUGCUGUCAGGAGAUCAGGAAACACAGAACGAGCUCACAGCAAGUCACCGCACAGAAAGGCCCCAACAGGAGACAAUAGAACAACCAAUGAAACUAGCGCAGAAGGAGGACCACAUAAGAACAAGCACCAGAACAACCUCAAUCACAGCCAGCGGUCCGCCUUUCACUCGCCCAACCGGAAUGAGAACGGAGGAGUAACGGACUCGCAGGCGGGUUCGGAGAAAGCGAGGGUUGGGUUCAAAGCGAAGCGCUCUGCGUCGUUCACGAUGCCCCAGGGGAAGGGGGAUGACGGUGGGAGCGGGAAGUCUUCUGGUAGACCGGGGUUUCAGAGGGUGCACAGCAUGGAUGGACUGAGCAGACAGGGUGGCAAUGAGAAUGGUGGAAGAGACGAGGAAGAAGGCAGGCAAGGAGGAGGAGGAGGAGAGAAGGGAAGGAGAAGAACUACUUCUGGAAACCACGAGAGCAACCACACACGAUCCUCGCCCGUCAAGAUCAGCGGAGGCAACACGCGCAAGCACAACCGCGGAGGAUUCAACUCCCGCAACGUUGAGUGCUUCAGUGCCCCUGUGGAUACCUUCCUCAACGAUGACUUUGACUUUGAUUCAAACUUUGCCUUGUUCGACAAGGACAAUUUUUACGAGGAGUUGGACGCCAUGGGGGAUAAUCGACCUACAUGUAAGAGGCAGGGACCAAGGAACCUUCGCUUUGAUGAGAACAUUUUAGAGAGGAGAGAGUCAGAAGAAGGGAAGAGGAUUACAUGCCCAGAUGUAACAGGCAGGUGGUAUCAUACAGAUACAGACAUGCAGAUUCCAGGGAUAACACCCGAGUUGAAGGCCAGACUGAUGUCAUCAGCGACUAAAGCUGGUCUUACUGUAGAGAGGAGACUUGAAUCAGUAGGACUGUGUGCAGCUCAAGUCGCUCUACAGCUAUUAGAUAAACAAAGAAGAAUACACAGCAAGAAGAGAGCCACGGAACCAUCGGUUGUAGUCCUGUGUGGUCCUCACCUACAGGGUGCCCAGGGGGUCAGCUGCGCCCGUCACCUUACCCAUCACGGGUGCACAGUCACCCUCUUCGUACCAAACUUUGUCAAGAUGCUGGAAGAGCUGAAGCAAGAGAUUGACCUGUUUGAUGUAACCGAUGGAGUUAAGCUACAGAGCUACAAAGAUCUUCCCAAGAGCACUGACCUAACCGACAUCGUGAUCUGCGCCUUGGACAGACCCAAUGACACCAUCACCCAGGACCAAGCCUGGUACCGGGGAGUCCAGCAGUGGCUCGCGGACACCAACAAGGCCCCCAUCCUCUCCCUGGACCCCUCCAACACCCAGUCCUUCUCCAGCCAGUGGGGCGUUGCCGUCGGUCUCCCCCUGGACUACACCAGCAAGGUGGGUGAGUUGUACCUCUGUAGUUCAGGUAUCCCCAAGAAGGUGUUCGACGAGGUCGGUAUCCGCUACAUGUCUCCCUUCAGUCGGGGACUUUUCGUUCUCCUGGAUGUCUCUUAGCAGACGAUGGUGAGGCGUGUUCAAGUGCAAUGCAAUGAGAGAACGAACGGAUGCAUCAUUGAUCAGGGGCCCGUUUCACCAAGCCUUUUUUCAAUGACAAAUGACAAAAAUCAGUGACAUAUCUGCUUGAUAACCAAUCAAAAGCAAGGAUUUCGGUAGCUUAUAACAAAAACUGUCAUUUGUCACUGAUGACAAGUUUUGUGAAACUCCCCCCAGAUAUAUCAGGGUUUCGGGUGCUGCAGUUUCUUCUGCUACUCACAUGCAUGUUUCUUACCAGUUAAAGUAAAAAUAUAAUACAGAGAUCCUUUAAAAAAGUUAAAGGUUGUACAUUAAAUCAAAAGAAGGUGUUUUGAGGGAAAUGUGAUAUUUACAUUUUGAAAAGUGACUGUUUCAGAGCAAAAAUGUGCUCAGAAUUGACAGAUAAUCCCUAAGUGUGGAAGCUAUCAAAUAAAGAUUGUCAACUAGGGCUCCAGGCUACUCUUUGUAGGGGUACAGAGUGACGUUUUUAGGAUCUGGAAGCAAUGGAUCCUUGACAAUAUGAGACAUUUAAGGGGUCUGUGGUGACUUCCUGUGUUUCCAUGUGUACGUGACCGCUCUUUGUGUCAGGCCUUGCAUUGACAUUUCAAUUGGACGUUGAUGAUAUAUGCCAAAUGUAGACAUUAAGAAUUUAUCACACUUUUUCUGUGUAAUGGAUACAUGUAUAUGAUAGCAGAGAGAGAUGGCUCUAAUAUUUAGAUACAUUGUGAUCAUCUUACUCCAGAUGAAUACAUUGCAUUCAUUCAUUACGGUCGUUUUUCUACAUAUUACUUUUGUCCAUAAUAUGAUCCGUGUCUAUGAUGUGAGUCUUGUGAGAUGAAACCAAUUUUAUGUUUGAAUAUGUAACAAGCUAUGCUUUUUUUUUAUAUUAAUGUCCAAGGAAGGAGGAGGAGUGUCAGUUCAGCUUCCUAAGAUUUAGUUUAAAAUAGUCAAUAUUUUUUGCAUGACAAUAUGAAUUAAAGGCAUAAUGUGAAAGCUCAUUUGAUGAUAAUGAUCUUUCACAUAAAGACGGAAAAAAGGAGGAAGAUGCGGCAAAUUUGUGUUACAACUUACUGUACAAGUAAACUUUGUACAUGUAUGUAACCCUUUGUACUCUGUAGCUGAAAUUUGGGGCAUUAUAUUUUGUAAUUUCCAUUUUAUAAAAUGCUAAAAUUUAUAUUUCUUGACCAAAAAAAUGUAUGUGAUGUCUCCUUGUUGUAUUCACUUGUGAUUUAUACAUAAUGGACUUCCUGAGCUAUAGUGAGUAUGUAGGUACUCACUGGUUCAGAUAUCGUCAUGCUAUUCAAUGAUUUAUCUUUUUGAAAGAUUUAUUAUUUUAAUACAUUGAAUAGUUGUGACAAUACCUCACAAGUUAUUUUGUGUACCAUGUAAGGAGUAUUGUUGUAUUUAGUUUGUUUGUUUGUUUGUUUGUUUUGUUUUGUUUUUAGGGGGAAAUGGUUGUCUGUGAUUUAAUCUGAUAUAAGGAAAGUGAAUUCUACGGUGCAUUAAAUGUAAUUUUUUUUAAAGUAUUUUCGCUCCAUAAAUUAGUUGGAUUUUAGAGAUAGAACAUACCGUCGACAGCCUGCAAGAAGGUCAUUCCUGCAGCAAUUGACAUUACAUACCUCUAAGUUCCUUCUUCCCGGCAGCUGACGAUACAUAAUAUGAGACUGCAACAAUAAUCAUUGACUUGCAAAAUAGUUUUGAAGGUAUUUGUCAUCAAUUGUCACAUACCAAGGCUAAUUUUGAGUUCUUGUCAUAGAAUUUUAGUUUGAUGGAAAAUGAUCUACAGUCGUUCUAAAUUGUUAAUUCAUGGAGCAGAUGGGUCGUCGAACAACUUGUUCUGAACUGUAGACCAGCAAAAAAAGAAAUGCUAGAAAUCCCAUCCACUGAUCAGCAUAUUUGCAAUCGCACCAAUUCCAUUGUGUGUUAUACACUUUGUUAAGACUACUACACCUGUAACUUUAAAUCUUUCUUUCUGUGCUGGUGAUACAUUUUAUGUUAUACAUUUUCUACCAAAGACCCAGUAUCAUAUCAUUUAUAUGUAAUAUUUUACAAUUCUCGCUUGAUUCUGUAAUAAUUUACUUCCAUCAUUACAAAGACCUACCUGUACUGUACCAGAACUCAAGAUUAUUUCUAGUUCUACUAAUUCAUUCUUAUACAUUACUAUUUUUGUUUAAAGGAGCUUGCAGAUUUUGUAAUGUAUGAAACAUAUGUUUGGUAUUUAUCUUCUUUAAUGAAGAAUACAUAGGAAUGAUGGAAGAGAAUAAUUUUAGUGACUAUAUUUGAUGAAAGAUUUAUGCAAAACAUGAGAACCAAACCUUAUAAUGGUCCAGUAUUAUAGUUAUACUUAAAUGCGAUGGUAAUAUUUUGUGUCAAAGUUUAAAUACUAUUUUAUAUAUGAGCUUGUUAUUCUUUUUUUUCUUUGAAUUUCUUUCUUGCUCAUGUACCAGAAUAUACCUGAUUAGACUCAUUUUCCUUUAAUCUGGUAUUUUGACUUACAAAUUAGAAAUAACAAGUAUUGUGUAUCUUCUUAUCAUGACAUAUAGCCAAACAGAAUAUGUUUGGUCUCACAUUUCAAGACAUUAAUGUCAACACAAUAUAUGAUAUAAUAUAUGCCAAAUGUGUAUUUUUGUCAUGUUCCUUCUUUUUCUGGAAAGGUUAUUGAUUUUUUGUUUUGUGAUUCAUAUUUUAACAAACAAAACAUAUUUUGGGUUUGUUUGUGUGUUCUGAGCAAUUGCUCUUUUCGUGUACAGUUAACAACUAAAUUAUUUAUACCCUUACCAAGUUUUGUAAUUUGUUAAGUUUGUGAAAAAUGUAUUUGUUCCAGUUUAUCUUUGUAGAGAAUAUGACA